AUGUCCAGUUCAAAUAAUAACAAUAAUAGAGCUGGUAGCAGCUCCAAUAGUUCACCAUCUAAACGUAAAUUCCAGUUACCGAAAGCCUCAGAUCUCGAUUCCAGCAACAAGCUGAAUGUAAACAGGUUUAAACCAAAAGGCCUCUCCGUGGAUGCAAGUGGACCAAUUGCAGCUUCAAGUACAUCGUCGUCGUCAUUGCAAGAUCAACAGCAGCAAGCUUCGCCAAUAAAGCCAAGAACAAUUACUCUACCUACAUCCGCUGUGAAAAUAACCCGUCCAACUCGCCCAAUCACCACAAACCCACCUCUAAUUAUUCCGGGAGUCACCGUUCCAGUAGAGAAUAAUACUUUGAAGAGAACUUCAACCUCAUUCAGUGAAUCAUUCGGAUUUAUAAAGGAAGCUUCAGCAUAUCAACCACCCAAUGCUGCUGCUUCUACUAUCGCAUCAACCUCAUCGCAUGUUGCAACAAGUGCUCAAAAUGGUGCAGGUUCAACUGACGGUCCCAUCAUCGAAAUGGCUCCUCAACAACGCAAAUCGCCUAAUGCUAUACUCGUCAACUCGAAUCAAAAUGGAAAUCUGGUAUUAAAAAACAUACGGAAUGUGGCAUGGGAAUACUCUGAUAUCGCUGCUGAUUAUCAGAUGGGGUUGACAACCCUGAAAUACCAUCGACUUCACCCAGAAUAUAUAUACACACGUCUGAAACAACUGGGAAGUCAUUCAUAUUUGUUGAGAGUACUACUAUGUAUGAUAGAUGUGGAUGAUCAUCAAGCUGCCAUGCGUGAACUCUCAAAGAUUUGCGUACUUAACAAUCUCACGUUGGUCUUGGCGUGGAGUGCUGAGGAAGCCGGUCGAUACUUGGAAACGUUCAAGGCCUACGAGAAUAAACCACCAGAUUUCAUCAAGGGACAAGUCGAUGAGGAUUACUUGUCCAAGUUGACUGAUGUAUUGACUCAAGUCAAAUCCGUGAAUAAGACAGAUGUUGUGACCUUGGCUACUACAUUCGGUUCUCUGAAGGAAAUCAUUGCUGCCAAACCAGAAGAGUUGAAUCUUUGUCCUGGUGUUGGUGAACAAAAGGUUCGUAGAUUGCAGGCUGCUUUCAAUGAACCGUUUGUGCUGAGCAAGAAGGCCAAAUGA